GUCUACCGUCUGUGCCGGCCUCGCCUGACUGAUUGUGAGUUGAUGCUGCGAAGAAGAUACGACAACGUAGUAGAUGGUAGAAGAAGUAAAGAUCAACUGUAACGAGUAAAGUGCCAAAAAUGUUGAAAAAAUUAUUUUUGGCUGUCCUGCUGGCUGUUGUCGCCCACUUCGCGUACAAGCUCUUCAUCUUUGAGCAGCCAGUGCCGGAGGUGGACAAAAAUGCGUACUGGGGCCCUGGAGAUCCUAAACCAGAUGACCCCGCGAUCAAGCCGUUCAAGAUACAAGUCCCUGAUUCGACUCUGCAAGAUUUGAAAACUCGCCUUAAUUUGGAAACAAGGUAUCAAAAGAGUUUAGAAGGUGCCAACUUUGAGUAUGGCAUGAACCCACAGGUCCUGCUUGAAGUUGUCGAUUUUUGGAAGAACAAGUAUGAUUGGAGGGAGAGAGAGGCACUGCUGAACAGCCUUCCCCAGUUUGUGACUCAGGUGUCUGGUCUGCGAAUCCACUUCAUCCAUGCCAAACCUGACAAAGUGCCAGCUGGAGUGAAAGUUGUGCCCCUUCUCCUGUUGCACGGUUGGCCAGGCACCAUCAAGGAGUUCUACUCUAUCAUCCCUCUGCUUACCAAACCCAGAGAUGGUUUUGAUUUUGUCUUCGAAGUGAUUGCCCCUUCAUUGCCUGGCUAUGGAUUCUCCGAGGCAGCUCACAAACAGCAUUUGAGCACUCCUCAGAUGGCUGUCAUCUUCCAAAAGCUGAUGACCAGGCUAGGACACAAAAAGUUCUACCUCCAAGGCGGCGACUGGGGCUCCCUCAUCGCCACUGACUUGUCCAUUCUCUACCCAGAUAGCAUUCUUGGUCUUCAUCUGAACAUGUGCGGUGCAAUGGGCAACAAGGCCACUCUCUACCUGCUUGCCGCCAGCAUUUAUCCUCCUCUAUUCAUGGACAAGCAAAUUGCCGACGGACUGUACCCUCUUUCCGACAUGUUCUCAAACCUCAUCCUUGAAAUGGGAUACAUGCACAUCCAAGCAACAAAACCAGACACGAUUGGCGUUGCACUGACGAACACUCCUGUGGGUCUGGCUGCCUACAUUCUGGAAAAGUUUUCAACCUGGACAAACCAGGCCUACAGGAAUCGGGCUGAUGGCGGUCUCACCGAGAAGUUUAAACUGGAAGAUUUGCUGGACAACGUUAUGAUCUACUGGCUCUCAGGAAAUGUUGCUUCGUCCAUGCGGCUGUACUCAGAAGUGUUCAACAAAAAGCACACUGGAGAAGGAUGGGAUGAUGUUCCGGUCAAGGUGCCAACCGUGUGUGCCAGGUUCCCGAACGAGCUGAUCCUUCAGCCGGAAUUCAUCAUCAAACUCAAGUAUCCAAACCUCCUUCCCUCGCCUGCAGCUAACGAGGCCGACUACGAAGUGCACAGACCUCCAAGAGGUGGGCAUUUCGCUGCUUUUGAGGAACCGGAAUUGGUGGCAAACAGCGUGUUCAAGGGAUUCCGUACCUUGAACGAUAAGCUUGUUUAAGGUAAAACCGACAGCUUUGUGAUAAGAUUUUCUGGUUUUUGUAAUAAAUAAAACACUGUUAUUUUUGUCAUAUAA